AUGAGUGAAUCUGGGUCAAAUCAAGAAGCGUCUUCAUCAUCAUCAAAUGCGUUCAUGAAUAGCAAUGAUACAACAACAAUAUCAUCUGAUGUUAUUCAACCACGACGGAGGAUGAUUCGAAACUAUUCACUCCUCUGGUUAGACGAGUGUGUAGAUCAAACACUCAAAGAUUAUGAAAAUACAUUAAAACAAAUACGAACUAUUACUAAUGAUGUCAAUAUCUUUAAGCAACGAGAUGAAUGUAUUGACUUUCUUACAGAUCUUGAAGAAAACAUCAGGCUUUUCCUCGUUAUUAAGGAUACUGUAUCUCAACAAAUAAUGCCCUUCAUUAAUGAUAUUCCUCAGCUGCAUGGUGUUUAUAUCUUCAGUGAUAUGGAAAUCUUACAUGAAAAAUGGAUAAAACAAUGGCAAAAAAUCAAGAGUGUUUAUACUAAUAUUGAUAACUUAUGUCAAAGAUUACAAUUAGAUAUCAAGCAGUUAAAUCAAAAUUCGAUUGCCAUGAGUUUUAUCACACAGAAUGAAACGAUUUCAAGUGAUAAAUUAAAUCAGUUGGAGCCAACAUUUAUGUACACUCAAAUAUUCAAGGAUAUUCUUCUUGAUAUGGAACAUGAUGCACAGGCCAUCAAACAGUUUACUGCUUAUUGUAGACAUCAUGACUGCGGAUCGACAAAGUCUAUUGAUGAAUUUGAAAAAACAUACGAUGCUGAGACAGCUAUUUGGUGGUAUACUUGUCCAUCAUUUAUCUAUUCCAUGUUGAACUAUGCUCUUCGCUCUAUGGAAGGCGAGACCAUUAUUAAUAUGGGCUUUUUCAUUCGUGAUCUUCACCAACAACUUCAACAGCUACAGCAAGAGCAAAUUAGUAUUUUCCAUGACAAACCAUUCCUAGUCUAUCGUGGACAAGGUUUAUCCAAAGCAGAUUUUGAAAAACUCCAAAAAACACAAGGUGGUUUAAUAUCCUUCAAUAACUUUUUAUCCACUAGUACAAAACAAUAUAUACCUCUCGGACUUGCUUCAAAUGCAUCCGAAACUGCAGACAUGGUCGGCAUUCUUUUCAAGAUGUUGAUUGAUCCUCAUGUGGAAUCAGUGCCGUUUGCUUCCAUAAAGGCGAUUAGUUGGUUUCCAGGAGAAGAUGAAAUUCUCUUCUCGAUGCACACUAUUUUUCGGGUGGGUGCAAUUAAACAAAUGGAGAAUAAUACUCAACUUUAUCUAGUUGAGCUUCAAUUAACUUCGGACCAUGAUCAAGAACUACGACUACUUACUAAUCGGAUCCGAGAAGAACUUUUUGGUGAUAAUGGGUGGGAACGACUGGGUGAUUUAUUGCUUGUAAUUCGCCAAGUUAAUAAGGCUCACGAACUUUACAACAUUUUAUUCGAAGAGACGGCUCAUAACGGCAAAAAAGCGCAUUAUUAUGAUCAGCUUGGACAGGUCAGCUAUUGUCAGGGUGAUUAUGAAAAGGCUAUUUGGUAUUACGAACGCGCAUUUGAAAUUAGGGAAAAAACUCUCCCUUUAAAUCAUCCUGAUUUGGCCACUUCUUACAACAACAUCGGUUUGGGGUAUCAGAACAUAGGAGAAUAUUCGAAAGCACUUUCGUUUUGCGAACAAGCAGUUGAAAUACGACAAAAAACUCUUCCUUCAAAUCAUUCGGAUUUGGCUAUAUCAUAUAACAAUAUCGGUUUGGUGUAUACAGGCAUGGAAGAAUACUCGAAAGCGCUUUCAUAUUAUGAAAAAGCACUUGAAAUCUUUGAAAACAACCUUCCUUCAAAUCAUCCUAGUUUGGCUGCAUCCUACAACAAUAUUAGUUUGGUGUAUGACAAGAUCGGAGAGUACGUGAAAGCCCUUUCAUUUUGCGAACAAGCACUUGAAAUAUAUCAAAAAACUCAUUCUUCGAAUCAUCCAUCAUUGGCUACUUCAUACAACAGCAUGGGUGAUUUGUAUAACAACAUGGGAGAAUACGCAAAAGCACUUUCAUGUUACGAGAAAUCACUUGAAAUUCGACAAAAAACGCUUCCUUCAAAUCAUCCUGAUUUGACUACUUUAUACAACAACAUCGGUGGUGUGUAUAACGAGAUGGGGGAGUACUCAAAAGCAGUUUUAUCUCAUGAAAAAGCACUUGAAAUCUUUGAAAACAACCUUCCUUCAAAUCAUCCUAAUUUGGUUGCUCCAUACAACAACAUCGGUACUGUGUAUAACAAGAUGGGAGAGUACUCAAUAUCACUUGCAUUUCACGAAAAAGCACUUGAAAUUCAACAAAAAACGUUUCCUUCGAAUCAUCUUAGUUUUGCUGCUUUAUACAUCAAUAUCGGUUCGGUGUAUAACAAGAUGGGAGAGUACUCAGUAUCACUCUCAUUUCACGAAAAAGCACUUGAAAUUCAUCAAAAAACUCUUCCUUCAAAUCAUCCUCAUUUGGCUGCUUUAUACAUCAAUAUCGGUUCGGUGUAUAACAAGAUGGGAGAGUACUCAGUAUCACUUUCAUUUCACGAAAAAGCACUUGAAAUGUGGCUAAAAACUCUUCCUUCGAAUCAUCUUUAUUUAGCUAUUUCAUACAUCAAUAUCGGUUCGGUGUAUGACAACAUGGGAGAGUACUCAAAAGCACUUUCAUCUAAUGAAAAAGCACUUGAAAUGUGGCUAAAAACUCUUCCUUCGAAUCAUCCUUAUUUAGCUACUUCAUACAGCCAAAUCGGUUUGGUGUAUGACAACAUGGAAGAGUACUCGAAAGCACUUUCAUCACAUGAAAAAGCACUUACAAUUCGAGAAAAAACUCUUCCUUCAAAUCAUCCUGAUUUAACUACUACAUACAACAACAUCGGUGGUGUGUAUAAUAAGAUGGGAGAAUACUCGAAAGCACUUUCAUAUCACGAAAAAGCACUUGAAAUUCGGCGAAAAACUCUUCCUUCAAGUCAUCCUGAUCUGACCACUUCAUACAAUAACAUUGGUUUGGUGUAUGCUAGCAUGGGAGAAUACUUUAAAGCACUUUCAUUUUACGAAAAAGCACUUGAAAUUCAACAAAAAACCCUUUCUUCAAAUCAUCCUUAUUUAGCAACUCUACUCAACAACAUCGGUACUGUGUAUGACAAUAUGGGAGAGUACUCGAAAGCACUUUCAUCACAUGAAAAAGCACUUACAAUUCGAGAAAAAACUCUUCCUUCGAAUCAUCCUGAUUUAACUACUUCAUACAACAACAUUGGUAAUGUUUAUAAAAAUAUGAAAAGCUAUCCGAAAGCACUUUUAUAUUAUGAACGUGCUCUGGACAUAUGGCAACGUGCAUUACCUGCAACUCAUCGUCGUAUAAUAAAUGUGAAAGAGAACAUUGAAACUGUAAAAAAGAACUUAUAA